GCUGUUUACAGUCAGGAUGGUGGAUGGCUAACGCUAAGUACCGAGGCAGAAAUUUGCAUUUAAAAUUAUAUAUUACAGCUCCUUUGCUUCGGAAUCACCACACAUGGCCUCUCAGAUCCCCAUAAUCGUCAAGACUCCGCUGACAGUCGCGAGCUCCGUAGCUUUUCGUGGGAAGAAACGUCCCGGCAGUCCGGCGGUUUCUGCCGCUCAGCAGUCCGCCGGGAGCAGCAGCAAGAAGAAGAAAGGGCAGCCGGCGGCAACACCGGCAGCAACUCAGACACAGGUGCCUCAUCAGAUGACAACAGUAGAGAUGGUGGCUGAGGUGAAGGCAGUGGGAUCAUUAGACAGCGGUCCAAGCAGCACCACAGAGUCCACUGUAAAGCCUCCACCAUUCAAAGACCACACAUUUAUGCAUUCAGGCAUUGGCGGAGCAGCAGCAGGCAAAAAGAACCGGACCUGGAAGAAUCUCAAACAGAUUCUGGCUUUGGAGCGUACCUUACCCUGGAAGCUCAAUGAUCCCAACUACUACAGCAUUGAUGCUCCUCCAUCCCUGAAACCAGCCAAGAAAUACUCAGACAUCUCUGGACUCCCUGCAAACUACACGGAUCCUCAGACAAAGCUGCGCUUCACAUCUUCUGAGGAGUUCUCCUACAUCCGUCUCCUGCCCACUGAUGUUGUUACAGGCUAUCUGGCCCUUCGAAAGGCAACAUGCAUCGUACCCUGACAGCCAAGCAAGGCUUGAAAGGUGAAGCGGGUUCAAACCUGAACUUACCUCAUGUCAGCGUAGGAAGCUGUCAGGCCAGCCAGGAGAGAGCGCAGUCUAGACAAUUGCUGGAGAUCAAAAGCUGACCUUAGCUAAGCGUUUGCACUGUUGGUAUUAACAAGGCAAGCUGCAAUUUGAUUGUUACUGUGUGACAAAUUAAACAAAACUGGUUUUCCUUUCAUUUAGAAAGAACAUGUUGUAAAAUUGCUUAUUCUUUUUAUGAGGCAUGUUUGUCAGUAGCUGGAUGUUAUAUUGUAACACCAUCAAAGAAUACAUCAGCGGGCCAGAAAGUUCAUUCAGAUGUGAGCAACAGGAUAUGCUUCUGCCUAUUUGUUAAAAUGCAUUUCCUCAAAUGUAAAUUAUUUUCCCAUUACGUCUCCCUCCUUCCUGCUGCCAGAGUUUGACAUGAUUUAACUCCUGUAACAGUAGCUGGUUUAAGAUUCUGUAUGUCACUUUGUGAAAAUCCUGAUUUUUUUUUUUUUUUUUUUUUCCUUCUC